AUGUUCCAGUGUAAUCAUAUAACGAAUUACAGAUGUAGACUUGCAUAUGUGUACACGAGAAGACCAAAUGGUUAUGUGUUUAUAAGAUGGCUAACAAAUUUGACAAGCCAAAAAUGUGAAAAUAAUAUUUUUUCAAAAAAGAAUUUUAACAAUGUGUUCAUGCAAAAUAUAAAAACUACACAAGAUGGUCAGAUAAAAUGUGAGCGUCUUUUUUUUUCAAAGUACAGCUUACCCUAUGUUUUGAAUAUCCCUGUAAGUGACCUAAGGCUGAUCGACCCAAGCAACAACCACAACCCCACCUUGCUGGUCAGAAAAAAUAUGAUAUUGCUUCGAACCGGAUUCAUGAGUUGCGUAAUUCGAUUCAACGAAUUGUGGCUAUUCGAACCCAGUAACCCUUUAGUGAAGAAGGCUACAAAUUUAAUUAAAAAGAAUUUUAGGAAGAAAGGAGACUUCACAAAUGAUGAAAUUGUAGAAGAUGAUAUAGUCAACACAGUAUUACAAGUAGACAAGAAAGAAAAAAUAGCUAGUGCACAAAUAGCUAGUGCACAAACAGCUAGUGCACGAGUAGCUAGCACACAGGAUGACAUGACUAUUUUUGGAGAACGUAAAGACUGCUCGAGAAGAGACCGUGGGGAUAUCCCAGGAAACGACGACAUAAACCACAUGAAUGUAAAAAAUAGCUUCUAUAAAUAUAAAGCAAGUAUGUGCUUUGAGUUUCUAUGUCUAGACAUAUGCAUGCAGUUGUCAAUUAAAGAAUAUGAAUUGGAGUUGUAUAAUCUGAAUGGAGAAAUAAAAGAAAUCAUUUUGCAACAGAGGAAGGAAGAAAAUAACGAAAUAAACAUGCUAACAAAUAAAUUACUAAGAGAUAUGAUGAAAAUAAAAAAUAAUUUACAGAAAUUCUCCAACUUGUUGAAUUCUUUGCGUACCUCGAUUGAAAAAAUUUUAAAAAAUCGCUUAGAUAUGGAAAACAUGUAUUUAACAUUUAUCAAUACAGACUUAACAAAAUCAAGUGGAUUAGAGAACCCAUUAAAAGAAUGUACUGAUUUAGAAAUACUACUCGAAACGCACCUACAGUUGACAGACGAAUUGUAUGGUGAACUAGAAAAUGUUGAAGAGAAAAUUACACAUUAUGAAGAAUUAAUGCGUUUGAAUUUAGAUUACAAUCGAAACAAAUUCAUAUUGUUAAAUGCCAAAAUUUCAUUUGCAACAUUGUUCUUUUCUAUCUCUUCUGUUAUUACGAGUCUUUUUGGGAUGAACUUAAAAAAUUUUGCUGAAAAUAAUGACUAUGCUUUUUUACUCGUUUCUUUUUUCGUUUUCUUUUCUUCUCUUUUUGGUUUGAAUCUAACAAAAAAUAUCAACACUAUUUUGAAGUUUUUCGACAAGUAUAAUUUGAAAUAA